GUCUUUAAAAAGUGAAAAAAAGGAACACGUUCCUUUAAGUUUUGCAUUGAUGUUCUUUUUUGUUUUUAUCCCUAGCUCAACCGAAUAAAGUCGAUAUUGUUAGGUCAGACACAAUCACCUGAGUUCGAAUCAGGAACCUCGUAGUUGUGUGUGAGUUUCAGCGGUGUUUGCCACUUCGUCUAAAAAAAAAAUAAAAAAAAAAGGAACAAAAAGAUUCAAGAAUACAUUUUGAUUUUCCACUUGAAGUAUAACUUGUUCUCUUCAGCAUCUUCUUUCUUUCUUUCUUUCCUGUAAAUGAUAGAUUAUGCAAACUAUUGCAAUUGUAUCCAGCAAAAGAAGAGUUUCAAGUUCAACUUUGCUUUGUUUAAAAGGAAAGCAUAUGUAUAAUCCAACUAUUAUAUCAGGAAGAGCCAAAUGAGUGUGACAGUGCAUACUUUCCUUAUCAUCUGCAGCUUUUGAUUAUCCAUUUUGAAACAGUUUCCAGCUUCGAAAACACGAGGACUAAGUUUUGCAAUUGAAAUGGCAUCUGCAGAAUUAAGUCAGCUCAUGUCUUUUGAUCAUCUCAAGGCUGCGGUCACUGAGUUCGCUAGAGGAUUUAACCACAGUUACUACCAACCCUUGCACUUAGCAAUACUAAAAGGCGAUUGGGAAUCUACAAAGGCUUUCCUUGAUAACGAUCCAAGCGCAUUGACAGCGAAGGUUACGAUACUUGGCAGGACUGCACUUCAUGUUGCAGCUGUAGGAUCUCAGUGGAAAAUUGUUGAGAAAUUGACGCAACAUAUGCCGCCAAAUAUGCUUACAGAAUUGGAUUUGAUGGGUUGUACUUGUCUUCACUAUGUCGCAAUGGGCGAAAACAUAGAUGCUGCCAAGGCAUUGUUGGCUAAAAAUACUUCUCUUACUCAAGUUACUGAUUUUAAAGGAUUCACACCACUCAUCUAUAGUAUCACAUCUACAAUAUGUAAAGAGAUGGUUUGGUAUCUUGUUUUGAAUACUACAGAUGACAGUCCUGCUUGUCCAUUCUCUGGUCCCUCUGCUACUCAGCUUGUUGCCUUGCUUACUGCCGCCGGAUUUCACGAUAUCACCAUGUAUAUACUGCAGCGUUACCCUAACUUAGCUACUGUUUCUGAUUCAAAUGGAAGCAUUAUACUUAAUGUUCUGUCAAAAUUACCAUCACAUUUUCAAAGUGGGCACAAUAUUGGGUUUUGGAAAAGAUUCAUUUACCAUUGUGUUCCUGUGGAACUUGAAUAUGGAAAUAUAAUAUGGAAUUCACUUCAAACUCUUGUUCCUAGCAUAAAGCUAGUUAGAGAUUCAAAGGUGAGACAUGUAUCUGCUGUAAGGUUGGUUGAAUUUGUUUGCUCACAAGCUUCAGCCAAGAAUGACUGUCAAUUCUGGCAAUCUUUUGUGAGUGCAGACAUAAUUUUCAGUGCCACAUCAUCUGGCAUAGUUGAAAUUUUAAGGAUUGGUUUUCAGUUUUUUCCUGAUUUGGUUUGGACUCACAUUCCAAAUGAAGGGUAUGUGGCUCAAACUGCCGUCAAGAAUAGGCAAGAAAAAGUUUUUAGUCUUCUAUGCAAGAUGCCAACAAUUUGCAAGAUGCAAGUCAUGGCAUUAGAUGAAUCCAACAAUACUACAUCACAUUUGGUAGCAAGGUUUGCUUCUCAAGUUGAGUCAAUUCCAGGUUCUGCAUUUCAAAUGCAAAGAGAAUUACAGUGGUUUAAGGAAGUAGAGAAAUUGGACCACCCUCUCCAUAAAGAAGUUAAGAAUCAAGAUGGCAAAACACCUUGGCAAGUAUUUAAGGAAGAGCAUAAGGCAUUGCUUGAAGAAGGGAAGAAUUGGAUGAAAGAUACAUCAAAUUCUUGUAUGUUAGUGGCCACUCUUAUCGCGACGAUUGCCUUUGCGGCUGCUAUAACCGUACCUGGAGGAAACAACCAGGACAAAGGAAUACCAAUAUUCUUGUCCGAUACCACAUUCAUGGUAUUUGCUGUGUCAGAUGCACUAGCAUUAUUUUCUUCAAUGACUUCUCUAUUGAUGUUUUUAGCAAUCCUAAAUGCUCGCUUUGCGGAAGAAGAUUUUGUCAUGGCAUUACCUGAGAAAUUAAUAAUAGGUUUGGCUUUUUUGUUCUUGGCAAUAGUGACUACAAUGGUAGCAUUUGGUGCAGCUCUAUCUAUGUUGCUAAAGGAGAGACUAAAAUGGGCUCCAAUUCCUAUUGCUCUUUUGGCUUGUGUUCCAAUUCUUCUAUUUGCAAAGCUUCAACUUCCUUCAUUGAUAGAAAUGAUCAUAUCAACAUAUGGAUCUCGAUUCUCACAUCUCACAUAAAUAAAUGAAGGAUGAUAUUUUAAGGUCAUGAUAUGAUUACAUUCAAUUUUUUUUUGUUUACAAUGAGCUGGGAAUCCAACACAUGACCUAUAGCUUACUACCAAAAUCCCUCACCACUAGACCAAACCUAGUGGCUAGAUUACAUUCAUAUUUAGAUUACUUCUCUUUAUGUAUAUAAAUAUUUGUACAAUCCUUUUCAUUUUUGAGUGAGAAAUUUUCCAAAUUAAAAUAAUUGGUAUCAGAAUUUGAUUCCAACUCGUUAGUUUUUUGCAUUCAGUUGUGGUCAAAAUAUUCCAAUCAUCAUUUAUUUAGUUUGAUUGUCAUCAGAUCUCAAAA